ACCACUUCCCACUACUUCUGUCUAACAUAGGAAUCAAACCAGAAAGAGAAAAGAAAACCCUAAAAAUCUCUCAUUCAUAAAUUUCCCUACUCAAUUAGUAUCUAAAAUGGCACUCCUUAAUGACCAUUCCGAUGUAAUUACAGAGCCUAAUUACAUCGCUAAACCGAACUCCUCGUCCUCCGACCUCUCCUCUCCAGAGUAUUACACCGACGUGGCUUACGCUUCGAGCUGCAGUACGAUGAAUUUGGAUCAUCAUCGUCAUCAAGGGUUUGUGUUCUGCCCUACCGAUCAAUCACCGGUUCAUGAAUAUUCUUUGAUAGAUUUCAAUGGAUCGUUUCUUAACUUCGAUCACGACGAUGAUCAUCAAAAGAGUUUUGUUCCGGUGGUCAUGGAGGGAAACAACAACAUGAACUAUGGCUACACGAGUUGGAGUAGUCAUCAGUUUGAUAGCCCGAACUGCUUUGAAACAACGAGCAAUCUCGGAUUAUUGGCAGAGAAUUCUGCAAGUAAAACCACUAGCCAUGGAAAUGGGCAUUGGUUAUACUCGGAUUCGACAGUUGUAAGCACCGGUUCAAGGCAAGAUUCCACAUCUCCCAAACCAGCUGGAAAUAAGCGGCCUGGCACGGGAGAGAGCACUCAAGCUUCGAAGAAGCAGUGCAGUGGUAAGGCCAAACCAAAGGCAACAACUUCAGCAAAAGAUCCACAAAGCCUAGCAGCCAAGAAUCGAAGAGAAAAGAUAAGCGAACGUCUCAAGAUAUUGCAAGAAUUGGUCCCCAAUGGAACCAAGGUUGAUUUGGUUACUAUGCUCGAAAAGGCCAUUAGUUAUGUCAAAUUUCUUCAACUACAAGUUAAGGUUCUUGCCACUGAUGAAUUUUGGCCGGCGCAAGGAGGAAAAGCUCCUGAUAUUUCUCAAGUUAAAGAAGCCAUUGAUGCAAUCCUCUCAUCACAACGAGACAAGAACUCAUCAAGUCCCAAACCAAAUUGAAGACUCAUCACAAUCAAUGAACAUCUAUGUAAUAAUAAUAUCAUGAAAAAUAUAAAAAGAACAAUAAUUCUAUAUAUAACUUCGACGCUCGAAAUAAAAUUAUAUAUGAAAUCCCUAACGCAUUGAUAUCUCCGAGACAAGAUUUUAAUUGAGGCUUCGAAGUUACCGAUGAUGGGUCCAACGGUCCACAUUAGAAUGGAAUCUUCAUUAGUAGAUAAAAAAUAUAAAUGUAUUUUUUUCCCUUUUUUUAAUGUACUUUGUU